AUGGCUGCCGUGAUUACCCCUUUCCAAAGGCUCAAGUGGGGUGUUUUCCCCGUGAGAAGAAUCGUCGAUGAAGACGAAAAUGGGAACUUUAUCAAUCUUGACGAAGACGUGACUGAUGCAAGCAGCUCCACUGAAGGAGGAGCUAGUAUUGAGAAGAGGGAUUCCAAACUCGAAACGGCACAGUCUGUCACCAAGAAGGAAGAGGAGCCGGAAAUUGAGUAUCGUGACGAGAAAGACCGUCCGUGGUGGAAGUUCUUUGAUGAGUACGAGUAUCGUGUGACUACUCAGGAGAAAAGGAAGAGGAAGUGGUUCAAAUGGUUCCAUGACGACGAUACCCCCGAGGAGAAAAAGUUGAUUACGAAAAUUGACAUCUUGUUGACAUUCUACUCGCUCAUGGCGUAUUGGGUAAAAUACCUCGACCAGACAAAUUUGACAAACGCCUACGUGGGAGCACUGGGAAACAUCAAGCAAGGGAUUGGCAUGAAGGGUAAUGACUUUGUCAAUACACAGGUGUUGUUCUCAGUUGGCAAUAUCAUUUUCCAAAUCCCCUUCAUGUACGUUUUGUACGCCUUCCCAUUAACCUAUGUGCUCCCAGCGUUGGAUAUUAGUUGGUCGGUAUUAACAAUUUGCACCUCGCAAGUGGUCAAUGUCCCCGGUCUCAAAGCAAUCCGUUUCUUUAUCGGAGCGUUUGAAGCUCCGUCAUACAUUGCCUACCAUGCGUUAUUUGCAUCUUGGUUCAAAGGCAGCACAGGCGAGGUUACGCGUAGAGCAGGCUUCUACUACAUUGGACAGUAUUUGGGAAUUUUGACUUCGGGCUUGCUUUCGGGUGCAAUUGUGAGAACUUUGGGUGGCGUCGGAGGUUACGAGGCAUGGCAAUGGAUUUUCAUAGUGGAUGGAAUAAUUAGUUUUGCUGUGGGUAUAAUUGGAAUAUAUAUGAUUCCAGGCACGCCCGAAGACUGUUACAGCAUCUUUUUAUCCGAUGAUGACAUUAGAAUUGCCAGAAGACGAAUGAGAAAGGACCAGAAGGAUGCCAAGCCUAGAGAAAAUGCGUUUUACCAUUUCUUUAGUUGGGAAACGUGGCGGAAAGUUCUCACGUCUUGGCACAUUUACAUCUUGGGAUUGUGGAACAUUUUUUGUUGGAAUAAUUCAAAUGGGACUUCUGGUGCAUACGCAUUGUGGCUUAACUCCUUGAAAAAAAGUGACGGCGUCACCCGUCGUUUCAGUGACGGACAGCUACAAGACUAUACUGCAUUGACGCCAGCCUUGGGAAUUAUAUGGUUGAUUAUUACAAGUACCAUGGCAGAUUUGUUCAAUACUCGUUACGGUGCUAUUGUCUUUUCGCAGGUGUUCAAUGUUCUCGGGAACGUAUUACUUGCAGUUUGGGACAUUCCCGAACGUGCGAAAUGGUUCGCCUUUUGCAUGCAAUAUUGGGGUUGGAGUUCGGCACCGGCUCUCUACUCGUUCUUGGGGGAUAUAUGUCGAAGAGAUCUUCGUGAGCGUCAAAUCAUUUUGGUUUCCUGUAAUAUUCUUGCACAGCAGAGUACGGCUUGGAUAGCAACAUUGGUGUGGAAGACGGUUGAGGCGCCAAGAUUCUUGAAGGGUUACAGUUUCACUGCCGCGUCCGGGCUUGCAUUGGCAGUUUGGUCUAUUCCCGUUUUGUACUUGUACAGGAGACAAGAAAGAGCGGGAGCACUUGACAAUAAUAUUGUGCUUUACAACUCAAGCAAAGAUAAAGAGAAGCCUGAUAUUGAGCAAGUCGAUGAGAAAUAG